GUAUUGGGCAAUUUGUGUUUUAACGUGUUAGUAGGAGGGGUCACCUCGACCAGCUAACGCAUGUUAGAACCAAACGUUGCUUUGUCUACCUUAAUAUUUUACCCUGUGUUCAUGUGUUAACUAACCUGUUACAGCACAUCUCUUUCUUAGGUAGACAUGGCCAGAAACUGCAGAUGCAAAAUCAGUGUAUGCAAACAUACACAAGAACAGAAUCAGCAUUGCAUGUGCAAAAAGCACUCAUGCAUAAAGCUGGCUUGCAAAUGACCAUUCCAUUUCACAACUUUUCAGGUUUCAAAGUUUUUCAUUCCACACUGGAAUGAAAAUGGAAUUGUGAUGAAAUGUCUGUUUUCAGAUCUAAACCCUCAGGUUUUCAAUUUGGGUCUUUCUUUCUAGAGAGUUCACCCUGGCACUCAGGGACCUUACAGUCAGCUGAAAUUGGCACAUUUCCGCAAAAUGUUUGGUUUUGAUAAAACAGCAUUUUUUUAUUAAAAACUUUUGUUGAAAAUGUUCUGAUCAGCUGUACUUAUGUGCACAGUUAUCUGCCUUGCACGUAGUAAUGCGUCUUUAUAGAAACCUCAUCGAACUGUUGUGAGAUUCAGUGUUUGUGAGCGGCUCUGAGAUAGCAGAUGCUAAAGAGGUACAAAUUAAUAGUUGCAAUUGUUAAAUGCAGGUGGGUUUCCCUCGUGCACCUUAUCCCUAGCACAAGGGCUUUGUGCCACUGAAAGCGUACAUCCACUGGAGUAAGGAAAGAGUUAAUCUUCCAGCCCAAUCUCCCUGGUGGUUAAGCAACAGCUCACUGUGCAUCUCCUGAAGGGUUUUCUGUUUGCUGGGUUAACAGUGUAGACUCAGAUUGAUGAUGCAACUAUCCAGCAGCCCAUAGCCCACCCAUCUUCCUCCUGCAGAUCAAUCCAGCAGCUCAGCAACAUGGAUCCCAGUCUGCGAACAGCAAGAGGGAGCACACACAGGCAGCAUGGGCUGUGAAAUGGGACAGGCACUCAUCAGAGCCUCGAGCAGGGAGCACCGAGCUGGAGCCAUGGGGACUGUGGCACUCUAUAUGCUUGUUUCUAGCGUGAUACAGAACUGCUGCGUGAGGAGCAGCCAGUGCAGGGCGGAACCGGAUGGAGAAGUGAACACCUGGGAUGAGGGAGUUGGAAAUACCCCAGCCUCUGUCACCAGCCUCCUGCAGCUCAGACAGGCUGAUGCCAGAGGAGAGGGGCUCUCUGCCAAGGUCCCCCUGGUAAAAGCAAGUGAGGCAGCUCACACAAGGGGAACCAGCUUCCCCUCACGUCCUGGGCCCAGCCCGGAUUCAGGAACCUCCUUUAGUUCCUCCACCUCGGGGAGGGCCCUGCCUGCAGGAGAGGUUUCUGCCCUGGCGUUGCCCUUGGAACAGGAAGGUGAAGGACGUGGCACUGCAGCCCCAGCAGGGAGCGCUGCCCAGCGGCCACCUGGAGAUAUCGAGCAUCCCUCAGGGAUGUGGAGCAAGGAAAUCCCCGCUCGCCACAGGAGCAAAGUGUAUUCUCGGCCUGCUGGAAACGCUACAGGGAUGGUACGAUUGUCCGCCCAAAGGAAACAGGACAAUGCCACCUGGCCUCCCGUCACGACAGCAAGGCAGAAAUCUCCACCUGCUUCCAACUGGCUCCCCGUCCUGGAGAAGCAUGACAUCCCAGUGGUUGUGGGGGUCUCCGUGUCUCUGGCUUUGAUAUUCAUUUCCAUGGGGGUGUAUUCAUUCCGCCAGAAAAUAGAGCACGCCAAAGGCAACAGUACUUCUUCUCAAAAAUCCUCUAAUUCUCGGAGAAGGAGAAAUUACUUGGACGUGGAUGAGGCAUACGAGAACAGGGCAUUCGAAGUUGAAUGCACUGUCGACGCUAUUGAGCAGAAUCCGUACGACAGCAGCACGUCCCCCCACCUGCUGCAUUCCAACCCCACGCUCCCUGCAGAGGCGGCUGGGCACCGAGAGGAACCUCCGGGUGUUGCUGCUGGCAAGGUUCUGCAGACAGCACAGGCCUGGGCAGCGGAAUUGCUGGGCAGGAGCACGGCUCCAGUUGUGUUCUCUGCUCCUUGCGACGUGCAUGUUGCGUCAUACCAGGACUCCCCAGUGUCCCUGCAGCAUGAGUCUGCUCAUCAGGAGAAACACCCAAGCCCUCACAAAGCUCCACCCUCUUCUGUGUCUGCGGAGUUGAAGAGUGCCAGGCCCGGGGAGCCUGGUGCAAGGGCCCCUGGCAUGUGCUCUGUAACCUCUCCGUCUCUCCAGCACAUUGGCACCACGCUGUAUUUCCACGGGCCUGAGCCACUGCUCCGGAGCAUCGUACCGCUUGGGAGGAACGCCAGUGGGAAUCAUGGCCAAGUUACUGCAGCCCCUUUGGUGGGGAUGGUGGAGUGUUCCCCUCCCAGAGCUCAGUCCAGCUCUGAAACAGUCAGGAUGUCUGUUACAGUGGAAAUACACCUGUAUCCUUGCAGCCCAGAGAUGUCAUCAUCCCCGGCAACCACUCAGACUGUCUCCGAUUCAUCUCCUCCAGAGGCAGCAGGGGCAGCAUCCCAGCAGCCAGCUUCGCUGGUAGGCCCUGGGCCCAGGAGUUUUUUGUGACUGGAUUAAAACUGACCCAGUGAAGUCUUGAAGAGAACAAAAUAACUCUUCUCUGGCAGAGUGAGGCCAGGAGCAGCCGCGUGCCCUGAUGAUUGGUGCUCCUAAGUGGGUCAGAAUAUUCUACUAUGUAUAUGAAUGUUUGUUCUUUGGUCCUCCUCAUCUGCUCCUGUCUCUAGCUUUUUGAUUCGCUCUCCUCUGUGCUACAUCAGCCACAAACCCCCCAGCUGCAGAAUGUCUAGCCAUAAAAUAGCAAGAAGGCGCUCCAAGUCAUCAAAUCCCUUGGCACUGUGUGUCGGUAGAGUCACAAUUAGGGCUUGGGACACUCUUGGCUUGGAGAAUGAAUUGAGGACAGUUACAAGACCAUUGUUUUACUGUGCAGAUUGCAAAGCCCUGUGUCCUGGGAGCAUCCAGGGAAGGAUACAGCAAGAUCAUGGGCAAACACUGCAGCACCAUGUGCCUGUAGCAGAAGAAGUCCCGUUCUGAUGGAACGGAAGACGUGCAAUGAACCCUACAGGAAGCAUUUUGUGUGUCUGGCAUGGAGAUGUGUGACAUUGUGACUGACUGGAUAUCUCAUUCUGUGAUGUGGACACAGAACCCUGCUGGGGGAGAUUAACAUCGGGGUAGAUGUUAUGCUAGAGAGACGCUGUGAAAGAAUGUAAGCGCUGUGUUGUCAGCAUCUGGAGCUUUAAAAUAAACCCAUGGUGACAUGGAUGAAAUGUC